CUCACAUUUACCAAGCUUUCCCAAUUGAACUCACUAAAAUUUCCAAUGCGCUACACUACUCCCCUUAGAACGUCGGCUCUUAGCAGUCGUGGGCUAACUAGGUCCCACACCAACGUCCCCCCUAUUUCUUCUACUCUAGCUCCUGUCGCCCCGCGUACCCCUACCCGUCUCCCAACUCGUCCUCCAACUCGUCCCCCGCCAUCCUUCCAUAACCACCUCUCCAAAGUCCCUAGUCUCUACAGCUCUACUAACCCCUACCAAGAACCUUCUCCUAUCCACCCCCCUAUCCAAACACCUAUUCGCUCCCCCUUCUCUCCUCUUGGUCCUUUCCCUCUUACUCCCUCUGACCCUUCCCCUAUCGUGUCUCCUAUCAUAGCUUCUGUUGGUGCCCGUGAAAGAAGACGGGAGUCACGCCUUCACGAUGCCACUUCUAUCACCUCUCCUUCUCCCGCCCCCAGAGCUAACCGUUCUCCACAACGUGGGUGUCCUGAUUGUAAGAAGGCUAACUCCAAGUCAAAUAACCCAGGUCCCUGCCAGCGGGUGGGAAUGCUACUUCCUGCCAAAUGGUGUCAUCAUCAAGUCUCGCCAUCUCGUAUGAAGAACGGCUGGCGUGUCGUUCGGAUUGCCAUCGACAAAAAUGGCAAAUCCAUACCCUCAAAGGAAGCUCAAGCUGAGAGGGCACGACGAAGAAACCGUGCCAGCAAGCAAACUAGCCAAUCUAUAGCCAAGCCCAUUGCUGCCGAUAAGUUGGCCAAGAGACAUGUCACCAUUUCACCUAUCGAAUCGAAACAGCCUGAACGCGUUGCUGUUUCACCUACCGUCGAAACCAGACCAUCGCCGAUUAUUCCUAGCACACCAACUGCUCACAUUCCUUUCAAGAACCCGGAUCUGAACGACCAACCACUCCACUGGUCACCACGCAUGUUCAAGCCUAGCCCUGAGAUGGAUCGCCAUAAUUGGACUUGGUCCGAUUGGAGCUCUCCAUCGCAGGCUAUUGAAGAUGUGUCGUACCAGACGGAUGACUGGCCGUCCAACGAUCCAAUCGCUCAUUUGCCUCCGCGCCUUAGAGAUCUGGUCAAAGGAAUUCUCGCCUUGAAGCCUGCUCCGACAUCCUCCGAAUUCUUGACAGAGAGUGUCACUGCUGAUACCGUUCGCUAUGAAGCAGUCGACAUUGCAUCGUCUUUCGGAUCAACACUUUCUUCUGAAGAAUGCGCUCGUUCAAACUCUUCAGAGUUCUCCUCAUGGGUCGAGCUACAAGACGUCCCAUGGCCUCCACAUCUACUUGCCAUGUGGAUCGACAGCGAGAACGACCGAAAGUUAUGUCGGGAGAGAGGCAUUGGCCAGCACUCUCCUUUGUCCAGCUCCUCUGCAUCCAGUUCGGAUGCGUCCACUCAUUCAGGCUCCUCUAGCUUCGGUUCUCUGUCCCAACUCAACAUCGAGGGCGACAACGGUCGCCAACGAUUCGAGGCGGAAAUGAACACUCGCAACGGCUCUUCUGAGGGCCCUUCCACUCUUUCUGCGUCCAGCUCGGACGCGUCCACUCAUUCGAAAUCGGACGGCUCGGACGACCCCUCUUGGGUCGUUGUCGACGAGCCUAAGUGGUCCGAUAACCUCUUUGCGAUGUUCAACGACAGAGAAGAGUGGGCAAGAGCGAGAGCAAUGAAGACCCAGGGACCCCCCUGCGGCGCCGGCGCAUCCGUUAAUUCUACAUCUGCCUCUGAUGUGUCCACUCACUCAGCAUCUUCAUCGGAUGCGUCCACUCCUUCGGUGCUUAGCGCGCUUCCCACUGUCCAGGAACAUUUCCAGUUCCUGCAGCAUGAGGCAAACUUCACCGCGCCGGCACGACCGAUUCCAGCAGCCGGCUUCCCAGCAUCACCUCCUCCCCAGCACUUUCACACUCAACGCCAAGUUCCAGCAGCCCUUGCUGAGGAACCUGUCAAGGGGUCUGGAUUCGGCUGGAAGUCGCUCGCUUGUGUGGCUGUCGCAGCUGCAACCGUCGGCGCUGGCCUUGCUUAUGCUUGGCUCUCGGGCUAGACGCCACGCUCUUUUGGGAAUGGUCGCCGGUUCCUCGGGUUCCUCUUCAUUUCUCGAUCGUUGACGAAGCGUUUACAUUCGUUUGGUUCUUGUGAGGCGGUUUUGCAGUGCCCCAUGUUA